UAUAAGCAACUCCAACACUCGUUCUUCCUCUUCUUGCUCCCUUCGUCUCCAAGAAACAACUAAUCUUCUUCUUGUGUUUCUUUCUCUCAAAGAUAACCCUCAUCUCCAUAGUUUUUUAUUGAUCGACUGAGUUUCACUAUGGAAGAGAUCCGGGCUGCCAAUUAUCCGGAUAUCAAAGACGAUUACAGCAAAGCCAAUGACGAGAAAAUGAUGUCAAUUUAUCUGCAAAGUAUCAACGAUAACGGAGAUUCAUGGCCUGAACAGUUCAUGGAAGACGGAGACGUGUUCACCAAGAAUCCAAGCGAGGUAUUCGAAUCUGAGAACCCUUUCUUCGUCUUCGUUUACCCUAGAACAGAAGCCUGUGGUAGAACCGAUGGAUGCGACUCUGGUGGCUGGAGGAUCAUAGGUCAUGAUAAACUGAUCAAACACGAGGAUACUGGGAAGAUUCUAGGGUUCAAGAAGAUUCUCAAGUUCUGCGGAGAAACAAAAGCGAGAGGUUACAAGAGAACAUGGGUGAUGAAGCAGUACAGGCUCCCGAGUAAGUGGAACCCUAAGCAAGAUCACGUGGUUUGCAAGAUUCAGCUUUUGUUCCAAACCGAGAUCAGUUUCUUGCUAGCCAAGCAUUUCUCGUGCUCAUCAGAUCCGCUUCCUGCAACACAGUCGUUGACAGCUUAUGGAAUCCGUUUAGCCAAUCCACAAGACGAUGGUGCAUAUUAUCUGCAGGUGAUAUUUGAUUCUGGUGGAAACGAAUGGCCUUGCUACGUUACCAACGACGUGUACUGCGUGCAUCCAUCGACGCUUGUGGAUCAUGAAGAUAAGAGGUCUACAGAAUCUGGACUCUGCAUCUUCGCAAACCGGACAGAGGCGUGUGGUUAUACCGAUGGAUGCGAAAGCGGUCGCUGGAGGAUCAUGGAAGAGGAUAAUCCGAUCUUCUCGAUGAGCCGUGAGGUAAUGGGUUACAAGAGGGUUUUCAAGUUUUACGAAGAGGAUAAAGGCAGAUAUUUUGAUAUUGUGGACGGAGAACAAGUGUUGAGAACCUGGAUUAUGGAAGAGUAUAGGCUUGUCGAAGAAGCAAUGAAGGAUAAAGUGUUGUGCGUUAUCAAGCGAGGUCGGAGGUAAAUAUAGCAUUGAUGAUCAUCAUGAUUCACGAUAGCAUUGUACAUAUUCCAGAUUCCAUUUCUAUUAAGUGUCACACUUUGAUCAUGAUUCAUGAGUUUCUGUUUUCUAGCUAUGAUAAUGAUUCAUGAGAGCGCUUGUUCCAGAUUCCACUUUGUAUUCAGUGACUCAUUUUUCUAUUCAAUCAUAUGUUUCAUGAGCCUGUGAGUUUUUUUUUUAAUUUAGACAACGAUAUUAGCAGCAGUAAUAACUUGAUAUUGUCAAAUCAAGUUAGAUUAUUCUAGAUGUUCCAGUAGGUUCCUUGGCUCGACGAGAAGCAAAGUCUGUGUCAGCAUCUUGAUGUUACCACACCAUAGCACUUCCUUUUAGUUCUGUAGUGCAUCCAUCAGAACAGUCUCGGUGUACAGAGUCUCAUAAUAGGUUCCAUAGUUUUGUUCCAUUCAAGAUCAGCAGAGUUACCCAACUGCAUCAUCACAGAGAUAUGUCUUGUAAGGUUUAUUCUCUGGCAACAAAAGUUUCACGAAACUAUCAGAAUUAAGACACACCAGUAACGUCCUUGUCAAGUAACCGUGUUCAACUAUCUUGCUUGAUCUUCAGAAAGCACCAAGAUGAAUUGUUCCGCUAAGUCAGAGAGACAAUCUAAUAAUAUCUUACAGCCAAACCCAUUAACAUAUGAACUGUUUGUUUUCUGUCUCUCUGUUACAUUCACAAAAUUUGAAAACUUUAACUGAGUAAGAGAUGAUCUUCCGAACCCAGAAUCUCGUAGAGCCACUGAGACCUUACCCCAAAACGGAAGAGACUUCCAAGAAACGCUAAUCGAAAAGGGUUUAAGCAAAAUGAGAUUCUGAUCUUCAAGAAAUAAACCUUGGUUUCACAGCUUCUUUCAUCAGACAUUGAGAUAACUAAACGACCGCGUAUCAGAGGCAUUAGUGUGUUGGGAUAUGAAACGGUCGCGUAUUGGGCAUUUGAAGUUGUUUAUUCCUCCCACAUCGGAACACACAGAGAGAAGCUGUGUUGUUUAUAUAACGAAGAGAAGAAAGUAAAGGUCACGACCUUACUUGAACAGGAUCUGUUUUAUAGGCUCGUACCUCUGUAUCCUUGAUUUCUAAGGAGACAGUCCCCUAAACCUGGUUGAUGAAUCGUAACCGUGCGAUCUGAGUGUGAUUAAUGGCUACGACUGUCCUCGGACUCUCCGGAGUGGUUGCACGGUUGUCUGACAGGCCCCUUUUCUUUU